CUGGUCUGAUUUCUGGGUGGCCCCUUUGGUUCUGCUUUUUUUUCUAGCAUUUGGAUCAGAGAUACUGUUACUGGGAGGGUCUGAAGAGCCUGAGUGGGAACCGGGGUGUGACAUGGACUGAAGCCCCUUCUGUAACCUCCCCCAUCGCCCCUCUCGCCCCGUCAGGCUGAGGAAUCACGUCCACGUUUUGCUCCAGAUGGACCCGUCUUCCAGGAGACAGGGAAGGGAAAUGUCUGUGAUGGAGCCAGCUCAGUUACCAGUGACGUUCGAGGAGGUGGCUGUGUAUUUCACCCAGGGGCAGGGGGCUCUGCUGGACCCCGCUCAGAGAGCUCUCUACAGAGACGUCAUGCAGGAGAACUACGAGACGGUGACCUCGCUGGGAUUUCCAAUUCCCAAACCUGAGCUCAUCUCCCGGCUGGAACGAGGGGAAGAACCGUGGGUGCCCGAUCUCCAGGCCUGCAAAGAAAGAAGGCUUCCGAGAUGCACCCAUACAGCAGGUGCUGAGCGAGGGAGUGAGAAUCAGCAGGGGAAUCAUCAUGAGGAAGUUCCCAGGGAAGUGGAACUGCAGGGGACCUUUGUAGGAAGAGCUGAAGGGAAUUUUUCCCAGUGCUUGGAGCAGGAAGAAGGCUGGGGUAACUGGCACAGGUCAGAGAGGCUUCUGGAAAACCACGCAGGGAAGAAAGUGGAUGAAUCUAUUAACGGUGGGGGAGGAGACAAGGAUCCCAGAGCGCAGCAGACAAAUCCCAAGGAAGAGACACCCGGGCACUACCCUCAGUUUGCGAAAGAAUUCAUUGUGACACAUCAGACAAUCUAUACUGGAGGGAAACCCCCUCAAUGCUUGGACGAUGGGGAAAGUUUUAAUAAGCUCUCAGAUCUUAAUAACCAUGGGAGCAGCCACACUGAAGAGAAACCCUCUCAAUCCCUCGAGCGGGGGAAAUGUUUCAUUUCGAAGACACAAAUAAUUAGACAUCAGUUAAGCCACACAAGGGAGAGACCCCAUAAGUGCUUGGACUGUGGGAAAAGAUUCAUAAGAAAGUCAAACCUUGUUAAACAUCAGGCAAUCCACACAGGAGAGAGACCUCACAAGUGCUUGGACUGUGGGAAAAGUUUCAUACAGAAGUCACACCUAGUUCGUCAUCAGGCAAUCCACACAGGAGAAAGACGCCACAAGUGCUUGGACUGUGGGAAAAGUUUCAUAAGAAGGUCACACCUUGUUAAACAUCAGGCAUUACACACAGGAGCGAGACCCCAUAAGUGCUUGGACUGUGGGAAAAGUUUCAUACAAAGGUCAGACCUUGUUCAUCAUCAGGCAAUCCACACAGGCGAAAGACCCCACAAGUGCUUGGACUGUGGGAAAAGUUUCAUAAGAAAGUCAAACCUUGUUACACAUCAGGCAAUCCACACAGGAGAAAGACCCUACAAGUGCUUGAACUGUGGGAAAAGUUUCAUAACAAAGUCAACCCUUGUUCAACAUCAGGCAAUCCACACAGGAGAGAGACCUCACAAGUGCUUGGACUGUGGGAAAAGUUUCAUGAAAAGGUCAGACCUUGUUAAACAUCAGGUAUUACACACAGGAGCGAGACCACACAAGUGCUUUGACUGUGGGAAAAGUUUCAAAAGAAAGUCACACCUAGUUCGUCAUCAGGCAAUCCACUCAGGAGAGAGACUCCACAAGUGCUUGGACUGUGGGAAAAGUUUCAAAAGAAGGUCACACCUUGUUAAACAUCAGGCAAUCCACACAGGAGAGAGACCCCACAAGUGCUUGGACUGUGGGAAACUUUUCAUACAGAGGUCACACCUAGUUCGUCAUCAGGUAAUCCACACAGGAGAGAGACCCCACAAAUGCUUGGACUGUGGGAAAAGUUUCAAAAGAAGGUCUGACCUUGUUCAACAUCAGGCAAUCCACACAGGAGCCAGACCUCACAACUGCUUAGACUGUGGGAAAAGUUUCAUACAGAGGUCAGAGCUUGUUAAACAUCAGGCAAUCCACGGAGGAGAGAGACCCCACAAGUGCUUGGACUGUGGGAAACUUUUCAUACAGAGGUCACACCUAGUUCGUCAUCAGGCAAUCCACACAGGAGAGAGACUCCACAAGUGCUUGGACUGUGGGAAAAGUUUCAAAAGAAGGUCACACCUUGUUAAACAUCAGGCAAUCCACACAGGAGAGAGACCCCACAAGUGCUUGGACUGUGGGAAACUUUUCAUACAGAGGUCACACCUAGUUCGUCAUCAGGCAAUCCACACAGGAGAGAGACCCCACAAGUGCUUGGACUGUGGGAAAAGUUUCAAAAGAAGGUCACACCUUGUUACACAUCAGUCAAUGCACACAGGAAAGAAACCCCACAAGUGCUUGUACUGUGGGAAAAGUUUCAUGAAAAGGUCAUACCUUGUUCAACAUCAGGCAAUCCACACUGGAGAGAAACCCCACAAGUGCUUGGACUGUGGGAAAAGUUUCAUGAAAAGGUCAUACCUUAUUAAACAUCGGGCUAUCCACACAGGAGAGAGACCCCACAAGUGCUUGGACUGUGGGAAAAGUUUCAUACAGCGGUCACACCUUGUUACACAUCAGGCAAUCCACACAGGAGAGAGACCCCACAAGUGUGUGGACUGUGGGAAAAGUUUCAUAGAGAGAUCAAACCUUGUUCAACAUCGGGCAAUCCACACAGAAGAAAGACCCCACAAGUGCUUGGACUGUGGGAAAAGUUUCAUAGAGAGAUCAAACCUUGUUCAACAUAGGGCAAUCCACACAGAAGAAAGACCCCACAAGUGCUUGGACUGUGGCAAAAGUUUCAUAAGAAAGUCACACCUUGUUUUUCAUCAAGCAAUCCACACAGGAGCCAGACCUCACAACUGCUUAGACUGUGGGAAAAGUUUCAUACAAAGGUCCGACCUUGUUAAACAUCAGGCAAUCCACACAGGAGAGAGACCCCACAAGUGCUUAGAGUGUGGGAAAAGCUUCAGAAGAAAGUCAAAACUUGUUCAACAUCAGACAAUACACACAGGAGAGAGACCCCACAAAUGCUUGGACUGUGGGAAAAGUUUCUUAUGGAAGUCAAACCUUAUUCAACAUCAGGCAAUCCACACAGGAGAGAGACCCCACAAAUGCUUCGACUGUGUGAAAAGUUUCAUAAGAAGGUCACAGCUUGUUAAACAUCAGGCAUUACACACAGGAGAAACAGUCCAAGCACUUGUGGGCUCUGGGAAAAGUUUCAUAUAGCGGUCACACCUUGUUAAACAUCAGGCAUUGCACACAGGAGAAAGACCACACAAGUGCUUGGACUGUGGGAAAAGUUUCAUAGAGAGGUUAUACCUAGUUCGCCAUCAGGCAUUGCACACAGAAGAGAGACCACACAUGUGCUUGGACUAUGGGAAAAGUUUCAUAAGAAGGUCACACCUUCUUUAUCAUCAGGCACUCCACACGGGAGAGAGAGCCCACAAGUGCUUGGACUGUGGGAAAAGUUUUAUACAGAUGUCACACCUUGUUCAACAUCAGUCAAUCCACACAGGAGAGACUCCAGAGGUUCUUGGACUGCUGGAAAUGUUUCAUAUAGAGGUCUAGCCUCAUUAAACAUGGAAGAAUCCACACAGGAUCUAAACUUCUGUGAGACAUGGCAAGAAAGGGUUAAGCAACUUGUAUGUAAUUGACUCAGAGUCAACAUUUAGAGAGAGAUUUUAACAGUGUUUCUGCCUGAGAUAAGCUAGAGUUUGAAAUGUAAAUGUGUAUUUUUAAAGACUUGGAAGAAGAGGGCAAGUCAUGUCUGAGUAACCUAAUUGCCUUCUAUGUUGAGAUAACUGGUUCUGUGGAUGAGGGGAGAGCAGUAGAUGUGUUAUUCCUUGAUUUUAGCAAAGCUUUUGAUAUGAUCUCCUACAGUAUUCUUGCCAGCAAGUUGAAGAAGUAUGGGCUGGAUGAAUGGACCAUAAAAUGGAUAGAAAGCUGGAUAGAUCGUCGGGUUCAAUGGGUACUGAUCAAUGGCUCCAUGUCUAGUUGGCAGCCGGUAUCAAGUGGCGUGUCCCAGUGGUCGGUCCUGGGGCCGGUUUUGUUCAGUAUCUUCAUUAAUGAUCUGGAGGAUGAUGUGGACUGCACCCUCAGAAAGUUUGCAGAUGACACUAAACUGGGAGGAGUGGUAGAUAUGCUGUAGGGUAGGGAUAUGAUACAGAGAGACGUAGACAAAUUAGAGAAUUAGGCCAAAAUAAAUCUGAUGAGGUUCAACAAGGACAAGUGGAGAGUCCUGCACUUAGGAUUAAGAAUCCCAUUCAUUGCUACAGACGAGGGACCGAAUGGCUAGGCAGCAUUUCUGCAGAAGAGGACCUCGGGUUUAUGGUGGAUGAGAAGCUGGAUAUAAAUCAACAGUCUGCCUUUGUUGCCAAGAAGGCUAAGGGCAUUUUGGGCUGUUAAAGUAGGGGCAUUGCCAGCAGACCGAGGGAUGUGAUCGUUCCCCUCUAUUCAACAUUGGUGAGGCCUCAUCUGGAGUAUUGUGUCCAGUUUUCGUCCCCACACUACAAGAAGGAUGGGGAUUGGUCCUGCUUUAAGCAGGGGGUUGGACUAGAUGACCUCCGGAGUUCCCUUCCAACCCUGAUAUUCUGUGAUUCUAAGAGGGGUAACUGUAGUACUCUAUGUUGAGCUAUCCAAAGGGUUCCUGUAUUCUGUUAUUUCAGGGAUCAAUAAUUCAGCCAUUAUAACCGUCGCCCGUGCCACCUGCCCUAUUCUAGCUCAGUCUCAUUGAAUUCGCUGGGGGUAGGGGCUGAAGGAUGGAGGGAAUGUUUAUAGCUGAAAUCAUCAAAAUGUGUUUUGCCAGGUUAAUGUUAAUCGGAUCUGUUCCGCUCUCCUACUCGGACAUUCUCUCUGGGGAUCCCGGAGACAGAAAGGAGCUGGUGUUACCUUCUUGGCUACCAAUCCCCACGGUGACUCUCUACACUAGCAAUUCUCAAAGUGUGGGCAGAGCCUCCCAAUGGAGGCACAGGAAUGACUCAGGGGAGGCGUGAUCAGUGUGGGUUGUUUGGGUUUUUUUAAAGAGCACUGGCUGUCAGCCCCAGUUGGCUGCGGCUCAUGAGGAAGGAACAGGCCUAGCUGGGAGUUGUGGAUCAAUGCUCAGGCUCUCAAACCCAGGUGCAGCAGCAGCACAGAAGUAAGAGUGGCAAUGGGGUGAUAAGUGUUGUGAACAGCGAUAUUAUUGAAUAUUAUUUUUCAGGUGGCCACCCUAACUUCUGUGCUGCUAUUGGAGGUCUUCAGAGCUGUGCACAUCGCCAGCAACCACUCUGCCUUUAGAGCUGGGUGGUGAUAUAUUUGCUUUUGAGGGUGGGGGCGUAAAUGACUACAGACACCAAGUGGGAGAGGGCGGCAAUGAAACACAUCUCAGAACCACUGGUCUACACUCUUAUGGGCACCACGUUUAUAAAAUGAUAAAUCUUCUCCAAAGUAUGGCUUGUGAGGUAUCAUGGGAAAAGUCAUCUUCUGCUGAAUAUUAUUGUCCCAUUAAAAUGUGUCUAUCAGCACUGUCCAUGGAGCUCUGAGAGUUUGCUGUAUGUUUGUUACAUGCUGUAAAGCUGGAAAACGCCCACAGACGAGCUCCUCCAAGACAAUGUCACCUGCACACCAGCUCGGUGCUACGUGGCCAGUAAUUGCUCAGCCGGCCGUUCACCAGCUGUGGAGCUGGGAACAGGAGAGUUACAAUUCUCCGGAAUGACGGCUGGAUGCUCACUUAGGCCACAGACUGAUUGUCGCCUGCCCCCCGACUGGGGGAUGAACCUCAAAGAGGAGAGUGGUAUAAAAGCACAAGGGAGAAUUGUCUCCAUUUUUACCUCUCCUCUCCCAUCUUUACAGAAGGAAGCAAAAUGGCUUGAAAGGGAACAGGGGCCUUGGACUGGGGAGGGUGGAUCAAGGCUGGAAGGAAAUCCAGCUUGGGUUUAAGAACUGUGAACUGCCUGCAACAGCGGGUGGGGUGAGAAAACCUGCUUGCUUCUCAUUUUCCUUAGAUUGGUAAAAUUUAGGAUUUAAAAUGCAUGUUUUAAUUUUAUAGUUUUAACCGUUUCUGACCUUUAACAUCUUUCUCCCUUGUAAUCCCUGAAAACCCCCUUGCUCCAGUUACUAAACUGGUUUUAGUGUUUUGUCUGGA